CACAUCAUUAAAUACUAAGCUUAGCAAUAUGUUAUAACCUUACCUGUGAGCAGGGUCCAGGUAGAAGAGUCAGCAACUCUUGUGAGUUGGGUCCAAGUACAUGAGUCACAAUCUCAACAGUGGACUGCAUCCUCACGUGAGAGCCCCAAUUCCUUCUGCAAGCUGCGUCCUGGGUGCCCGUAUAGAAAUCUACCCUGGGAGUCAGUGCACCCUGAGUGACAAUGGGAUCCACCACUGCAAGGAAGGGGUCUUCAUUAAGGACUUCUUAGAUGAACAUUGUGACAUUCCCAAGAUAUCCACGGUGAAUCAUAUAAUACAUAAUAAUGAAGGUUAUGGUGCUGUCUCGGUGAAACCUACAGUCUUCUCUGACCUGCAAGAAAAUGCUAAAGAUGGAACUGAAGAUUUUGCCUCUGACCAUCCAAGGGAAAGCACACUCUUCCUGAGAAAAUAUCAAAUGAGUGUGCAAGAAGAGAGGAGGAGCUCUCACCUAUAUUAUAUACCUCCAUGGCUUCUUGCUAGAAACUACAGCUCACGUUCGACCAUAUUGCUAGAUAACAGCACAGUCAGCCAGCCUGAUCUUAGACACACACUAGAAAAUGUGACUUUGGCAAUAUAUUACAGCAUAAAGCACAGAUCUGCAAAUAGAUCUCUGGCUAUUUUGGAAGAGCCAAUACAUCCACUUUCAGAAGAGAAGGCUCCAGGGAAAUCCUUCGAGCAUGAUCCCAAAUGCAACUGUAUUUUCAGAUAUUUCCAUACUCUUUUUCAACUCAUGAAACUAACAGCUCCAUGUGCAAUCGUAGCUUUGGUGUACAUUGAACGACUUCUAACUAAUGCUAACAUCGAUCUUUGUCCUACUAAUUGGAAAAAGAUUGUCCUUGGAGCUGUGCUUCUUGCCUCCAAGGUUUGGAGAAAUGGUGGUCUGUGGAGUGUGGAUGACAGCCAGAAUCCCAAGGACAUUGCAGUUGAGAACAUGGGCAAGAUGGAGAAGGAUUUCUUAGAGCUACUUGAGUUUAAUAUUCAUAUAUCUGCCAGUGUCUAUACAAAAUAUUACUUCGAUCUGCAUGCCUUGGCAUAUGGCCAUGACCUGUAUUUUCUAUUUGGUUCUCUUCACAAAGAUAAAGCACAGAAACUGGAGGCUGUCACGGCCUUGUGAAUACAAAGACUUGCAUCGAGAUGCCGCUGCAAUGAAAAGGGCUGUCAGCAUGAACUUCAUUGGUAUUCGGUGCUCUAAUGCCAUCUUAUCUUAAAGAGAGAAAUUAGCCUUAAAAGACCCUGAGCUUCUCAACUGUAAAGAGUAGAAAAUAUCACUUCUGCUGAAAGAAACAACAAAAUUAGGAUUUUCUUUUUUUUCUUUGUUUUGUUAUUUGUUUUGUAAAUAGUUUUUGUUGUUGUUGUUGUUAGUGUUUAGGAUUUUCAUCGAGAGGAAGCAUCUUCCAGUCAGCCACAUUGUGGAACUGGUGAUGGUGGUAUGAACAGUGGGUGCCAGGUGCUUCCUGCCCUUCCUCUUCCACUGGGUCCAGAUGGCAUUCCUAGGGCACCACCUUGAACAACUCUUGGGGAGAAGCAGUGUCACAUGGACACGGCACAUCCCAGCUCAGAGUCCACAGUCACCCACAGUCUCAAGCAGGUGCCAGUCAUGUCCACAGUCACCCACAGUCCCUAGCAGGUGACUCAAAAAACUUUAGAAUUGGCUCCAGAUUUGUGAGAGCACCUGGGUUUGGUUCUCUGUCACUGAGGCACUGAAUACAUGAUGGCCCACAACUCCCCAAUGGCUGGGAGAGAGUGGCAUCGGGGCGAGGCUGUCAUUACUCCAAGCACCAGGGUGGCUCAGGCCUGCACAUCUAGUCUUUGGAGGGAAUCUGUGCAUGUGAAAUGAGGCCCCUACAUCAUGGUUCUAAAGGAAGAGAUGAAAUCAGCUCAUCUUCCCCCAGGCUGAUAAUGGUCACACCACCUAGGGAAGCAGUAGAAGACCUGGCCUUGGGAUUGUUAGGGGAGCUACGGAAGUGAAAACUGAAUUUACCCAGUUCCGGGAAAACAACAAAGGAGGAACAUCUGGGUUCAAAACAUUAUCAGAAGAUCAUUUUCCCAGCUAAUCUUGCCCUGGUGCAUUGUAUGGUCUCGGACUUGUCAACAAAACAAAAGCCUCUCAAUAAUUCUAACACAGGGUCACACCACAACUCACAUUUUCCAGUGCACCUCAGUGGUUCAAGAGAUUGCUGGUGCUGCCUGCACCUGUCAGUCUGUUCACAUAUGGAGAGGAGCAGCGGUUCUCACAGGAGCGACUUCUGCAUCCUGAGGAAGUUUGCCCACACGGUUCUGGUUGUAAUAACUGGUGGCGCCCACUGACAUGCAGUCAACAAUGGGACUCCUAUGGUGCACAGGACUGCCCCCCUUCUCAAUCAAGAAAGAAUUUUCUGGCAUCCAAACUAGAAGGCGCUGAGGAUCAACUGCCCCAGAGUCUACAAGGGAAACACUUUCUGAGACUUUCUUUUUUCUUACAAGACCAGAUCCCCACCAAUGUGAGACGUUGGAUCAAGUUUUUGUGCAAGGGUGGAUGUGGGGGGCAGAAUCCUAAGAUGCCGUUAUUAUCUCUGCUGUCUUUUGUUACACCCUGAAUCUUUCCUUGGGUAUGGCCAGGCCUGUGCCUUGUUCUAGACAUUUGAAUAUGGCAAAGUGAGGGAGUGGCUUUCUAGGAGUUACCUUUCCUUUCCUUUUAUCGGGAACAAUAGCAAUCCCUAUUUUCUUGCUUUUAUUUUCACAAUGCAGUGGUUUGGAAUAUCCCACUGUUGAUUUGUGAUUUCCUCCUCCAACCAUAAUCUAUGGCCCUUUAUAUGUAACUGAAUAUUUUCAUGUAUUGAUAUUUUGUGUCUGAAGAUAAAAUAUUAGACUAAACAUGUUAAAACAUUUCAUGCAAAACUUCAGUGGUUGUAGAGUCUACUCUUUGGUGAAUACACAAAUUUAUCUAUUUUAUAUAUUAAAAAUUGUAUUAGUUGUGAUAAUGAUGUUUUCUUUUUUAUCUUCACUUGUUAGAUAUAGUUACUUAAAUUUUUCCAAAAUUAAUGAUAUUGUAUCUUAUAUUUUGUUUAAAAUACUACUAGGAUAUUUAGAUUGAUAGUUGAAAAUAAAUGGCAAAAUAAGAAUUGCUGAAACCUAGUGAUAAUGUACUUAGGAUGGGUUUAUUAUUAUCCCUAUCAUUGUUAAAUGUUUAAAUUUCCAUGAAAACCUCUAUAUAAGAACUUAAAAUUUUGUGUAAAAUCCUUCGUGGCCUGCACUUUAGCUCCACUGCAUAAUUAAUAAAAGGAAAAUGGAUUCCCCUGUGGGAAGUUC